CAGACCGCAGGCCCAAUCGCUCAGACCGCAGGCCCAAUCGCUCAGACCGCAGGCCCAAUCGCUCAGACCGCAGGCCCAAUCGCUCACCCGGCCUCCCUUCCCGCAGACCCGGUCACCCUCGCGGUCUUUGCCCACCGCUUCAUGGCCAUCGCCGAGCACAUGGGCCGCACGCUGCAGAAGACCAGCGUCAGCACGAACAUCAAGGAGCGCUUGGACUUUUCGUGUGCGCUGUUCGACGCCGGGGGCAACCUGGUGGCCAACGCGCCGCACAUCCCGGUGCAUCUGGGAUCGAUGUCGCACGCCGUCAAGUACCAGCUCGACCAGUUUGGCUGCUCGCUGCGCCCAGGCGACGUCGUCCUGGCCAACCAUCCGCAAGCCGGCGGCUCGCACCUGCCGGACAUCACAGUGAUCACGCCGGUGUUCUGCGCGGCCGGCGUGAACAUUAUUUUUUUCGUGGCGUCGCGCGCGCACCACGCUGACAUCGGCGGCAUCGCGCCCGGCAGCAUGCCGCCGGCUUCGCGCGAGCUGUUCCAGGAGGGCGCCGUCACGGCCGGCUUCAAGGUUGUCGAUGCCGGCGAGUUCCAGGACGCCGCCGUGCGCCGCUUUCUUCUGGACGAGCCGGCGCGGUUCCCCGGGUGCUCCGGCUCGCGCAACUACCGCGAUGUCGUGUCGGACCUGCAUGCGCAGAUCGCCGCCAACCAGCGCGGCAUCACGCUGGUGUACCAGCUGUGCGACGAGCGCGGCCUGCCCAUUGUGCAAGCCUACAUGCGCCACAUCCAGCGCACCGCCGAGGCCGCCGUGCGCUCGCUGCUGCGCGACGCACGCGCCAGGCUCAUUGCUGGCGCCGGUGCCGAUGCUGACCCUGACAAGCCCGUCCGCUUGGCCGCUGCUGACCACAUGGACGACGGCAGCCGCAUCAGCCUGGCCGUCGAGAUCUCUGCCGAUGGCUCAGCUGUGUUCGACUUUUCUGGCACGUCGCCCGAGGUGUACGCCAACACCAACGCGCCGCCGUCGGUCACGUCCAGCGCCAUCAUCUACUGCCUGCGCUGCAUGGUGCGCAGCGACCUGCCGCUCAACCAGGGCUGCCUGGCGCCCGUCACCAUCCGCAUUCCGCCCGGGUCGCUGCUGGCGCCGUCGCCCACCGCCGCCGUCGUUGGCGGCAACGUGCUGACGUCGCAGCGCCUGUGCGACGUCAUCCUAACGGCCUUUGGCGCCGCCGCCGCGUCGCAGGGCUGCAUGAACAACCUGACCUUCGGCGUGCCGCCAUCUGCGCCCGAUGCCGCCGACGGCUGGGGCUACUACGAGACCAUCGCCGGCGGCCACGGCGCCGGCCCUACGUGGGACGGCCAGAGCGGCGUGCACACGCACAUGACAAACACGCGCAUCACCGACCCGGAGACGCUCGAGCGCCGCUACCCUGUCAUUCUGCAUCGCUUCUCGCUGCGCCCAGGCUCAGGCGGCCGCGGCGCCCGCCCCGGCGGCGACGGCUGCGUGCGCGACAUUGAGUUUCUUGCGCCAAUGCCCGUGUCGCUGCUCACUGAGCGCCGUGUUUUCCAGCCGCCCGGCCUGCAUGGCGGCUGCAGCGGCGCGCGCGGCGUCAACCUGUGGCGCCGCCGCACCGCAGCCGGCGGCUACCGCGUGCUCAAUCUUGGGGGUAAGAACACCGUCCACGUGUCUACCGGCGACCGCAUCGUCGUGAUGACGCCCGGCGGCGGCGGCUACGGCGCCCCGCCACACUCGGACGACACGGCAAAAGACGAUAAUUCGGCGCUAUUCGAUGACGCGCUGGCAUACUGUGCCUAACCCCUAAAGUUUCAAAACGAUUUUUUAUUCAAAAUAAAGAAC